CAGCCUGAACACUACUACAGUGUCACCACGGGCUAAUACAGUACACUCUGCCUGGCCAUUGCCCAUUACUCCUUAGUUGAUAGGUAAGGACUGAGAAAGGUGAGGGCUUUUCAGGUACUGCUACGAUAACGCUCUCGACUGGCUUAUUGAAAGACACAUGAACAUUUCCUUUAAAAUGUCCCCUACACUGAGAAUGGCGCUGCUGUUCAGCAUGAUGGGAUGUGGGCAUUUAAUCACAGUGACGGUUCCCGAGAAGUUUAUGAACGUGACAAACGGUGAAAGUGCUCUUCUCCAGUGCACGUUUGUUACCACCGUGCAGAACACCAGCAACAUCAUCAUCCAGUGGAUUUUUGUUGCCAAAACCUCUAAUAUGCCACAGCAGGUGUAUUACUCUCAGUCAGGAGAGGACGUUAUUUCGAAACCGUAUGAGGGCAGGUUGAAUGCUCCCACCUAUCCAGCUACUAGCAAUGCCUCAAUAACAAUAAGCAACAUGCAAGUGUCAGAUGCAGGGGCCUACACCUGCGAAGUCCACAACUUCCCUGAUGUCAAUGGGAAGACUGAGGCCACUGUCAUUGUCAACAUUCUUGAGAGGCCAUCUGUGCCCUUCUGUGCUGUCCAUGGUGAUGUGGAGUCUGGUCACCUGGUUACCCUCACCUGCCACAGUGAGCGGGGAAGCCCCACCCCCACCUAUACCUGGAUCAGAGUGGAUCAGGACAAGACCAAGACACCUGUAAUGGGGAACCCUGAUCCGAAUAUAGGAUCCUUGUAUUUCCGAAACAUAUCCCAGUUUGAGUUUGGAGAGUAUUGUUGCAGUGCCUCUAACGCUGUAGGAUCUGCUAGUUGCACCGUGGAGCUCAGCCAUGAGCUAGGUGAUGGAGCCAUUGCUGGUGCAGUCAUUGGAGCACUUCUUGGUGCUGUCCUUAUUAUCCUUAUUAUCUGGUUCAUGACACACUCCAUGAAGAAGCAGAAAUACAAGGCUUCAAAGGCAACAGAGAUGCAAGCCAUCCCUAAGAGUUCGGCCACAGUGGCGUAUGAAGGCGUCCCUACCAGGGGGAGUGACCAUCAAGCCUAUGUGACCUCCGGAGGGGUUCCCAUGGCAACAAACAGCCACGUCCAUUCUGACGCUGACGGAGAGCGGGCCGAAGCUUAGGAGAGGCCUGACAUGCUUCUGGGGUGACAUCACUACUCUGAAAAACAAUGCUCCACUGACGUUUGGGUUUUUGUAUAAUGUUUUCUUUUUAAGUCACAAUUUAAGUAAUGGUUCAUAUUUGUUUUAUGUGAUAUAAGGAAUUCCAAUUGUCUUGAUUUCACACACCAAAAAAUUACAAAUCACUCUACACCCUGAUUAAUGUGGUAAUCCACCCAUUCCCUGACAAAAUGUUUAUUCCCAUUUCAUAUUCAUUGUGACAAAUCUAACCAAUGCUCAUCCAUGCUUUCUGGAAGAAAAAAAAUACAAAUUCAAUUUUGCAUAACUGAGACAAGUGUUUAAUUACUAAUGUAGAUAUACACAUGGUCUGGAAUGACUUGGGGUACAUCCUGAUAUGUUUGGUCUGAAAUGACUGUGAUGACUCCCUGUGGCCUUUCCAGGCAACCUGAGGAGAGCAACAUGAGAGUAGCACAGCCAAUCAGAGGUGGCCUCUACCACUUGACCUUAACACCUUGCUGCUGUCUCCAAGAAAUACAUUUCGAAGAAUGAGCCCAUGGAGAAAACUAAUGGUGUAAAAGACUAGAAUAGAGCUCCGUGUUAAUGUUCUGUUAAUCCUUCACCUUUUUCAUUAUCAGGAGAGAGACAGAGCUGUGUGAGUACAGAGUCCAUCUGAUCCCACAGUCACGAUUCAGAUAUGCAUGAAAAUAGAGGAGUGUGGACCUUUAAGUCUCUGAUGCGUACAGAUGGAUACUCCAGAAAAUUGGCCCGAACAGAAAGGAAAAACAUUGUUGUCAAA